UCGCUAACCUUCGCUGCCCUCAUAUUGCUCCAGCGACUCAAGGCGCGUUUUCCCACUGCUCGGGGUUCUUCCAGUCACCAUCUUUUCGUGUCCGCUUUCAUGCUCGCAUCAAAAUCCUGGAGUAUUGUGACGCAGGGCAUGUUCCAGCUGCGCGAAAUUAACCAGAUGGAGCGCGAGAUGUGUCAGUAUCUGGAGUGGGAA